CUUCCGCUUACGUGAAAAGGGAGAUCAAGAAGGAACCAGGAAGUCCCGUCUGCAGGCUCCUGACACUUGUCGCUCGGCUUCCUUGGGCAUCAGCAGGGAGAAGAAGGGGAGAAACGCGGGCUGGGAGGCGGGACCGCCAUCCUUUCCCGGUUUCUUCCGCCGCGGACCAUGGCCGACUCGACCCGGGGUCCUUUUGCCCGGGCCCUUUUGCAGCAGUGCCUGCACGCGAGGCUGCAGAUACAGCGAGGACUUAUAAUCUAUGUAUGUUUCUUCAAAGGGGCUAGUGAAGAAAUUAUUCCCAAAAUGGUCAAUACGCUCGUGAAUGUGAAGUUGAGUGAAACGGAAAGCGGCGAAUACGUUUCUGUUCUGGAUUUGCCAGGCAGCAUAUUAGUAAUACCCCAGGCCACACUGGGUGGCAAACUGAAGGGGAGAAGAAUGCAGUAUCAUUCCAACAUUGAAAAGGAAAUCGGGAUGGAGCUGUAUUCCCAGUUUGUGACUCAGUGCGAACGAGAACUGACUGCAAAUACCAAAUGUGCAGAGGCUGGGGUUGCUCUCAAGCACGGCACAUAUGGAAACCGGCAGGUGUUGAAAGUGGAUACAAAUGGACCUUUCAGUCAUAUGAUUGAGUUUUGAGGAGGGAAAAAGUGAUUUAUUUUUUAAGGAAAUGCAUACUGCCUAAGGAAUGUUGCACGGUUGCGUUAAGGAAUAUAGUUAAAUAGAUUCUAAGCAUUUGAGAGUGAGGAAAAGAUUUCAGUAAGCCCAGCUAAUAAAUAUAUUUCUUUUGAGUUAAAUUGCCUCAAAAUGUCUUCCUCCUUCGUGUAUGGGACUAUCAGUGGUUCUCGUUUUUUGACAAAAAGAGGUCCAGCUGCAGAAUUGUCUUUGAAUCUAUUCUGUUGGUAAUGCCACCACUCUCUGUGGGUUGAGGGGUGAUGGAACAGGAGAUGGCCUUCACUUCGGAGAUUCCCAGGUUGCGGCAUCAGGUCCAUCUUGCACCAUCACCAGGUGCUUUUUGACACUGAGUCAAGACAAGCUUCAUUAUCCUGGCCUUUGGCUGAGCAGACAUCCCCCCCCUUCUCCUACAUACUGCUAUUCUGCAGUGCUGCUUUGCUAGGCCAAGGUAGAUUGAGUUCAUACCUUUUCUUUUAUUGUUAAUUUUUUUGUAACCUGCCCUGGGGCAGUGAUGGAUGGGCUAUAAGUACAAAUAAAUCAAUC